CACGAGGGGAGCGGCUCCUGCCGGGCGACGCCCUUCCACGCCUGGAGUUGGGCGGGGGGCUUCUUCUGGCGGGCGCUGGAGACUGUCGGCGGGGUGGGGUGCGAGACCUGGCGCGCCUGGGUAUACGGCUGCGACUUGGGUCUCUGUCGCGGGCAGAGCUGGGCUUGUAUGUCCUCUCCCUGGCUUCGUCAAAGGGCGUGUUGUGCUGCCGGUGGGAUCUCCUGGGAGAAGACCUCCGAGGCGUCUCAGCACGUCUCGACCUUCUGUCAGGCGAGAUAGAUCUCCUGCGAGCCCGGUGCGAGAGCGGCCGGUAGUAGGAGUCGGCCGAGGGGGAGCGACGGCGAGACGAAGCGUGCGGGAUGUAUGUGUCUGGCGUUGGUCGUCGUGGUGCUCGGUCGCGGGGGGGUGGGGAGUAUGGCCUCUGUACAGGCCGAUGCGUCGAAUUUGCGCGACGUGGCCGCGAGCGCGAGCGGACGGUGCUGCGACUCCUGUCUCGCCUGGCGCGCUUGUGGGAGCCCUUGGGAGAUGCCGAGCGGCUGCGGUGGCGUUUGGAGGAUGGCGUCGAGUCGCGGUGGUGGUGGUGGUGGGUGUCGUGACGGCGUGGGUGCGAAACCCUGUCCGAGCUGGCUUCCCUCCUCGAGCGGCGAUAGCGCUCCUCUCGCGAGGCUCCGCGACUGCGACUGCGGCGGCGCGUCCGCUCUCUGCUCAGACUCCUCUCACGUGAACGGUCCCUUGGAUGCUUGGGCGGCGGGCGAGCGUCGGCGUCGUGGGUGCGCCGUCUGGACGAGUCCCUCGCCGCGCGUGGCCGUGGUGACGCUGGCCGGGCGUCGUCGAUGCGUGGCCGCGACCGCUCCCGGGGCCUGUCUCUCUCCCGGACAGACGGAUCCUCUGGUCUCCACUGGUCUAUAUCCUGGGUCCUGCGCAACCCAGCCAUGUAGGCAGGAAUGGCAUCAGAGGGCGCGAGACUGCAGCAUCAAGAAGGUUCGCACGUUGGAGUGUCACAGCCUAACCGAGAGGGCAGACGUCCAGCACUCUGCAACUACAGCCUGGCGGUGAGCGUAGGAAUGGGCCCGAGAAGAAAUAGAGAAAGGUACUGCGGCUGGGUCCGAGACACGUUCACUGAUGCGCUGCCGUCGUCGCUCGUGUCAGUCGUGAUGGUCGUGCCGCUGCAUUUCGUGAGCCCGCCGCCUCAAUGUUCCGCCAGCCGCUCUAAAUGACGCCAAGCCCUUAGCCCGAGCCCUCCAGCUUGUCCCCGAGAAGCAGC